AGUCUAAAAAUGUGUUGGAUCCUGGUGUGUGAUGUCACUUUUCUCUGGUCUUAUAACCCGGCCAAAUCCAAGGUCUUUGUAUAACAUCCAGCUAACCUACAUGAGCGGCUUUGCGAGACAACGUGUUUGUGAAUACUGAUACGUACUCGGAGGUUUGGAUUCUGUGAUAAAGAUGCAGGCCGAGAAUGAGUCGUGUGCUGCAGAGCCGUCUCUCGGUUAUGCGAUUUGCAUUUUGCACCUGUGCCUGGAGUGGUUAGAGCUGGACAGUUGGGAAGACUACUUGAAUUAUGUUGCCUAUCUCUUGUGGGUCUUCACACCACUUAUAAUAGUUUUCAUCCUACCCUUCCUUUUUGUCAUUUUCUUUUAUCUAUCCAUCCUGUUCCUCCAUGUGUACAAGCGGAAGAAUGAGCUAAAAGAGGCUUACUCAAACAGUAUGUGGGAUGGUGCUCGACGUACGCUGGCAACUCUGUGGGAUGGGCAUGCUACAAUAUGGCAUGGUUAUGAGAUAUGUGGCAUGGAUAAACUCCCCGAUGAGAGUCCUGCAUUAAUUGUGUAUUAUCAUGGAGCACUUCCUGUGGACUACUAUUACUUUGUGUCAAGGGUCAUCCUCCUCAAGGGGAGAACCAUUCACUCUGUCGGGGACCACUUUUUGUUUAAAAUACCAGGUUUAAGACCACUACUUGAGUUGUUUAACGUAAUCCACGGACCAAAAGAAGAAUGCGUGAGAGCGCUGAGCAACGGUCACCUCUUGGCGAUAUCACCAGGCGGAGUACGGGAGGCGCUUUUUAGUGAUGAAAACUAUACUAUAAUUUGGAAAAAUCGGACGGGUUUUGCUCAGGUGGCCAUUGAUGCUAAAGUGCCCAUCAUUCCAAUGUUUACACAAAACAUACGUGAAGGAUUUCGAACACUUGGAUGGUUACGUUUGUUCCAGUGGCUUUAUGAAAGGUUUAAGAUUCCUCUUGUUCCUUUGUACGGGGGCUUUCCAGUGAAACUUUGCACACACCUUGGCGAUCCGAUCCCAUACGAUCCAAAUGUCGGUGCUGCUGAGCUGGCAGAAAAGACAAAGUGUGCUCUUCAGUCUUUAAUUGAUCGGCACCAAAAAGUACCUGGGAACAUUUUACGGGCUCUACUGGAAAGAUUUCACAAGAGGCAUAAAGAAGACUAAAUACACUUCAAUGUGUUUGGAUUAUGUAUAUAUAGUUCUGAGACAUUUGAAGGGUUGGUGUUUUAGUUUGUUGUUGACCACACGCCGUAAAGAUUGUAGCAUAUCAAUAUUUAAUAAAAAUGUAAGAAAACA